AUGAGUUUGACUGUAUAGGAUUUAAAAAUCCGUAGGAUUUACCAUGGUGUUUUUGCCCCUUUGGAAGGAUUUAACAUAAAUCCUGUACAAAGUCCUGCUUAACCGGCUACCAAACGGCCCCUUAGACUUUCUUAAUUCCUGUUGAUUCCGCCAGACGGGGAAGGAGGAGAUGAAGAGAUUACAAGGGAAAGUCGCGAUUGUUACAGCUUCAACACAAGGAAUCGGCUUCGCCAUCGCUGAGCGUUUUGCUCUCGAGGGAGCCUCAGUCGUCAUCUCCUCUCGCCGGCAGAAAAAUGUUGAUGCUGCGGUGGAGAAGCUGCGGUCCAAGGGACUUGAGGUUAUGGGUGUCGUAUGCCAUGUCUCGAAUCCGCAGCAGAGGAAGGAACUCAUAGAUAAGACCAUCGAGAGGUAUGGAAAUAUUGAUAUUGUUGUGUCCAAUGCUGCUGCUAAUCCAACUGUUGAUAAUAUUUUGGAUACCAAAGAGGCUGUUCUUGACAAGCUUUGGGAGAUCAAUGUGAAAGCCAGUGUUUUACUCCUACAGGCUGUUGCAUCCUACCUGAACAAGGGAUCUUCCAUCAUCUUAAUAUCUUCUAUUUCUGGAUACAAUCCAGAACAGGGGCUUGCCAUGUAUGGGGUUACAAAGACGGCUCUUUUUGGGUUAACAAAGGCCCUGGCUUCUGAGAUGAGUCCAGAUACAAGGGUAAACUGCAUAGCUCCAGGAUUCGUGCCAACAAACUUCUCAGAUUUCCUUAUAAGAGACGAAGCAUUGAAAAAAGGCCUUGAAGAGAAAACGCUGCUGAAAAGGUUGGGCAAGGCAGAAGAUAUGGCCACCGCUGCUGCUUUCUUGGCAUCUGAUGACUCCUCAUAUAUCACAGGAGAAACCAUUGUUGUUGCAGGAGGCAUGCAAUCCAGAUUAAGCUGGAGGGACGAGAAAUCGGAGGCAAGAUCUAAGCUGUCGCGCAUGUCGCUGUCUUUCCAAUUAGCUCAAGCAGAGCAUAAGGAGGGGAAAAAUGGCAGUUUUGGAGGUCUGCAUACGCCGCGAUCGACUUCGUUGAAUAAUAGAGGAGCACGAGGGGUGACCUGCGUAAAAAGCAUCGCUCAAACGCUGGUCAUGGGCUGAUACACCUAAAAAU